GAAGCAUUGUAUUGCCCAAAAAAUAAGAUAAAUUCACCGAUAAAUAACACACUAAUAAUUCUUAUGAUAAUUCAUUCAUUUUGUCUACCUUCCUACUUCCUACGGUCAAGAAUCUCAUUUUGCAGGAUCUAUUCCUUGCUUCACAGCUGUUCUUCAGGAAUGUGUAAGCCCCAGCUUUUGUCUCGAUGCCUAUGUCUAUUGCUCCUAGCACAUAUCUUGCAUGUCUCCCAAGCUGAUGUUGGCACAGCUGCCCACUACAGACCCCCUUAUUUGCCCACCGCGUGUUUCGGAAGCGAUGCGGAACAAUUCCCGUCGAGCAACCUGUUCGGGGCGGCCGGGGAGGGGAUAUGGGACAACGGUGCUGCCUGCGGGAGACAAUAUUUGGUGCGGUGCAUAAGCGCGCGUGUGCCUAGAACUUGCAUUCCAGGCCAAAUCAUUCAAAUAAGGAUUGUUGAUCGUGCACUUACUUCGGUUUCUAGGCCUUCCAGGGAUGAUACUACCAUCGUUCUUUCUACAACUGCUUUUGGGACAAUUGCCAACCCUUCGGCUGCAUUCAUUAACGUUGAAUUCUUACAGGUUUGAAGUGGACAUACAAUAUUCGAUUUAUUAAGUGAUGGGCCUGAAGUCUGAACCUCAUUUAAUUUUAGCUUCUAGAAUUUUGGAGGGAAAGUUAAUUGAGCUUGUUUGGCAAAUGGUUGUAAUUGUAGAAUAUUUGUUUGAAUAGUAAUAAAAGUGAUUAAUGUGAUAUAAAGAAUAAAAAAGUUUGGAAUU